CAUCUUGUACAGUUUAUCCGCGGUCGGUUUUUAAAAAAAACGUGCUUUGAUAGCUAACGGCGGAGGGAAAGUAAUAAUAACAAAACGGCGGUUGACAGCAUAGGAUAGCGGCGGCUCGGUGCAUCAUUGAUGGGAUUCCUGUGCUCGCCCACUGCACCGUAGCGCCGUUACUGCGGAAGGAAGACUUUAUUGAUGACAUUAUUGCAAUAUAUUGAGCACCGAAGGUGUCUUUUUUGCCCUUUUGGGGACAUCGGGAGCUUGGAAGAAGCUGCGAGAACCCGGAUGAAGAGAAUGCAAUUAGUGUGUCGUGUGUAAUUGCCACAACACAAACAGUCUUGGACAGCUUGGAUCUCAAGACUCACCAGCUAUCAGACCACCAGCGCUCAUCAGCAGAAGAAGCGCGGCCGCCGUCAUGUUCAGCUGGCUGGGAGGCGACGACCGCAGGAAGAAGGAGCCCGAGGUCUUCCAGACGGUCAGCGACGGGCUGAAGAAGCUCUACAAGACCAAGCUGUUGCCGCUGGAGGAGAGCUACAAGUUCCACGAGUUCCACUCGCCGGCGCUGGAGGACGCCGACUUUGACAACAAGCCCAUGGUGCUGCUGGUGGGCCAGUACUCCACGGGCAAAACCAGCUUCAUACGCUACCUGUUGGAGCAAGAUUUCCCCGGCAUGCGCAUCGGGCCCGAGCCCACCACGGAUUCCUUCAUCGCGGUCAUGCACGGCGACACGGAGGGCGUCAUCCCCGGCAACGCCCUGGUGGUGGACCCCAAGAAGCCCUUCAGGAAGCUCAACGCCUUCGGGAACGCCUUCCUCAACAGGUUCGUGUGCGCCCAGCUGACUAACCCGGUGCUGGAGAGCAUCAGUGUGAUCGACACCCCGGGGAUCCUUUCUGGAGAGAAACAGAGAAUCAGUCGAGGCUACGACUUUGCGGCCGUCUUGGAGUGGUUUGCCGAGCGCGUGGACCGGAUCAUCUUGCUCUUCGACGCCCACAAACUGGACAUUUCUGACGAGUUUUCCGAGGUGAUAAAGGCGCUGAAGAACCACGAGGACAAGAUAAGGGUGGUGCUGAACAAGGCCGACCAGAUCGAAACUCAGCAGCUGAUGAGAGUUUACGGCGCGCUCAUGUGGUCAUUGGGAAAAAUAGUCAACACGCCCGAGGUGAUCCGCGUGUACAUCGGCUCCUUUUGGUCGCACCCUCUGCUGAUCCCCGACAACAGGAAACUGUUCGAGGCCGAGGAGCAGGAUCUGUUCAAGGACAUCCAGUCGUUGCCGCGGAACGCGGCGCUGAGGAAGCUGAACGACCUGAUCAAGCGGGCCAGGUUGGCCAAGGUCCACGCGUACAUCAUCAGCUCCCUGAAGAAGGAGAUGCCGGCGGUGUUUGGCAGGGACAACAAGAAGAAGGAGCUUAUCGCCAGCUUGGGAGACAUCUACAAGCGCAUCGAGAGGGAACAUCAGAUAUCGCCGGGAGAUUUUCCAAAUCUGAAGAGGAUGCAGGACCAACUCCAAUCUCAGGAUCUCACAAAGUUCCAGCCGCUCAAGUCCAAGCUCCUGGAGGCGGUGGACGACAUGCUGGCCCACGACAUCGCCGGCCUGAUGGUGCUGGUGCGCCAGGAGGAGACGCAGCGGCCCAACGCCGUGGUCAAGGGCGGCGCCUUCGACGGCACCCUCAACGGACCCUUCGGCCACGGCUACGGCGAAGGCGCCGGCGAGGGCAUCGACGAGGCCGAGUGGGUGGUGGCGCGAGACAAGCCGGCCUACGACGAGAUCUUCUACACUCUGUCGCCGGUCAACGGCAAGGUGACGGGCGCCAACGCCAAGCGAGAGAUGGUCAAGUCCAAGCUGCCCAACACGGUGCUGGGCAAGAUCUGGAAGCUGGCCGACAUCGACAAGGACGGCAUGCUGGACGACGAGGAGUUCGCGCUGGCCAACCACCUCAUUAAAGUCAAGCUGGAGGGACACGAGCUGCCCACCGAGCUGCCGGCACAUCUGCUGCCUCCCUCCAAGAGGAAAGUACCGGAGUGAACGUGGCCGACGUGGCUCAUCCCAAACGCUCCAACGCCCGAAAACGUCACAAACCUGCAGAUUGGUAUUCGUUCGCACCCGUUUUCACUCUCGCUGUACAAAGGAGACUGUCGCAUAACGUCGUUUUGAGGAAAUGAAAAGACAACCUCUGGCUCAAAUGGAGAAACUGCACGGGUAAAACUGUCCCAAAAAAACAAGACAGUUAAAUAUUCCAUAACUUGGGAGAAUGAAAGUCGGCUAAAUGCUUCAUGCUAACAUAAUGCGAAAUGCCAUUUAUGCGUUCACGAAACAGAAAUUAUAAUCCUUCAAAAAAAACUCCUACUUUAACACCUACAGAGGAGCAACACAUACAACUAUAAAUAUUAUUCUAUUUGGGAUUUAUUAUCACUGCUUUAUCUUUCUUGUAAUUCUCCUGCAUUUCUCCUAGUAGAACUCAGUGCUGCCAGGCAUGUUGUGGCACAAUGUGGUACUACGCUAAAGGGCCACAACUCGAAAUCUGGACCUGCCUGCGCACACAGUUCCGAAUUCUAAAUCCAGAUUCUGCUCGUAGGCGGCUUAGUUUUACCAACGCGAUCAAUAGAAACGGGAUAAGUACGCUUGAUUAUGGUUUUGAUUGUGGUGUCUUGUCUGAACAACAUUAGCGGUGUGAACUCUGAAUUUAUGAAUAGUUUCCACAAGAGUUUGGUUGAGGAUGCCCCCCCCCCCCCACCACCACCACCAAUCACCAGAUGGCAACGUUUCUAGCCCCGCCCUUUACAUAACUACCAGAGGGUACCAAAAAGUGGCUUGGUGGAUACCCUUCAGUAAUUACGACUCCCAUAUUAUAGGAGCUAAUCAUAAAAUAAUAAAAAUUACUAGUUCUAUACAGUACUGAUGUAACUGAAUUGUUAGAUUUUUUUUUUGGUUUGCCACUUGUAGCCUGAUUUAGACCUAAUUUUAAAGAUCCUGUAAAGUGAAACUAAAUCGCUUCACACACGACAGUUUGGCUUGCGUCCUUGCCACAUUUGAAUAAUAAAAAAAAUAUAUAUAUAUAUGUAAAAUAAGGCUUUAAAAUUGUCCAAAAUCAAGCAAUGGUUUCCGUUCUCAAUAUGCUGCGAUUGCUGAAUGAAUUGAAACCACACCCACCCGAGCUAUCAAUCAAAUAAGAGUACUCCACCCGAGAAAAAUGGAUGCGACUUUGUCCAGUGUCUUCUUACGUUUGAGACGCAAAAAAAUCCGCUGGAAAAUAUCCCACCUGAGCAUGGUCGGGCUUUUCCACGCCACGACAACGAGGCGCUCAAACGCGGGACACGCAGUCGCGAGGCUACUGCCCACACGCUGACACAUUGGACUUUUGAAAUUUUGUUUCCUCACCUCACUUUUGCGCUUUUCUUUCCAUGACGUGCGCACAAUCACGGCCGACAACGACGCGGUCUAAAGCGGAAACCGGCAGAUGAUCAAAACGGGAGAUGUAUUUUCAGGGCGCGGGCUAAAUGCACCGGCUAACCGCUGAUGCUAAUGAAGGUGCUCAAAACGCAACGCAAAGGAAAAUGUGUAUGGAACGCGCGAUUCAAAAACAAGGUAACUCGAUAUGCUUUACGUCACAGGUGUCAAACUCAAGGCCCGGGGGCCAGAUCCGGCCCGCCGCAUGGUUUUAUGUGACCCGUGAAGGCAAAACUCACAUGUCAACUUCCACGAUUUUUGUUCAAAUUUGUACCAAAAUUUCAAAUUGUCACCUCAUAAAUGAUAACGUUGAGAUAUUCAAAGCAAUUUUUGUGUUACCGAACAACAAUAGUUGAAAAACCCGUUACUCUCGAUUUCUGAUUCCAAAAUAAGUUCAUAAAUUUCACAUGUAAAUUUGAUGGAGGCGGUUAAAUAUUUUUAUGGUUUCCCAGUCGUAACGGCCCUCCGAGGGGGAACUGUAAGUAAAACGUGGCCCGUGACAAAAAUGAGUUUGACACCGCUGCUUUACGCGAUUAAAAGCAUUCAAAUACAUGCAUAAAAAUAUUUGACAAAACAGAUUUUAGUGCAAGAAAUAUCACUGAAAAGUGGAAGUACUCAAAUGUAUGAGGGGGGAAAAAAAACGUUUUCAAUCUGGAUUUGAAUACAUUCACACUCGGGGCUGACGUCACCUCUGUUGGCCACUUAAUACAUUUUUUUUUUUUUUUUUUCAGCAUAUUAGCUAAAUGCUGCUCCACCAUGUUUGCUUUGGACACUGCGCUCCAUUAUUAGACCCGAGGCAGUCGAUCUCAGAGCCCGACUGGGUUUGUAACCAUUAGCAUUUCUUUCAUGUAUUCAGGACCUAAACCAUUUAAUCAUUAUUAUUAUCAGUUACAGAACUUUAAAAUCUAUUCUAAAGCUAACUGGAAGCAAGUGUAAGGACUACAUAAUCCUCAGUCUCUGUUCAUGUUUUCAGCAGUUCACUACAAACGUGGACCGUGUAUUUCAAAGCAAGUCUAGGGAUUCACUUUACAAGGUCUUUAAAAGCAAGAAACAGUGGAAAAGAAUAUUUUCGUCGACACGGCUGUGAACCGCCGGGACACGACGGAACGAAUCAACAAUGUGAACAAUGGACGUUUGGAUUCAGGGCGAGUCAAAAAAAAAAAAAAAAUGUAGUUUAACCUGUUAUAAAAAAAAUAUAUAUAUAUAUAACGUGUGGAUUAUUUUUGGAGUGUUUUGGCCUUCCUGGUUUGCUCGUUUGGGGGAAAGAGUCAGACGGGUUGCUCAAAAAAUAAAAAGCAGACUAGACUGAAAUAGGAAAAAAAAACUAGACAAAAACCUGUUCAAAAUGAUGUCUUAAAUGUUCUGAUGUUUUACUGUGACUUCCAAUUAUGUGUGCUGCUGGUGUGUGAUAUUAUUGUAUGAAUCCAUGAAGUAUGUUAACGCUUAACAUUUCCGCAGCGGCAACACUAUUUUUAUGAGGCUCAUUAACACUAAUUGACGUUUAGUUGAGCUAUAUCGCAUAAUCAUCGUCUAUAUCACUGUCGCUAUAUGCCAGUAUACCCUCCUUCACUCCACUUCAGUUGAACUUCUAAAGUAUUGAAAAUGUCAAUAUUUUGCGAAAAAUCUUUGAUAAUGUGAAUGUAAUUAAUGUCCUUUGAGAAAAGGUUUCCAUAGGUUUGUUUGUUUGUUUGUUCUGGAUGGCCCGCUUCCCCAUCAGCACAAUAAAUUGCGCCAUGAACAUCA